AUGUACAAAGUGGGCGGACCGGUGCGGAAGUACCCUUCAUUUUCAGGCGAAGAUUUUGAUAAUCGAACGGUGACGCACUUCGUUGAAGAAUUUAAACGUACAAACAACAAAGGUUUAUCCCAAAAUAAACGUGCUCUUGGUCGUUUAUGCACAGCGUGUGAACGCGCAAAGGUAAAUAUUUGACUAACAAUUUGAUACUAACGAGGGAACCUUUCGAGAUGAUUAACCCUUUCAGGACCGGUUUAAUUUUUAUAUAUACAGUGCUGUUCAAAAGUUUAAGACCUUUUUUUAUUUUGCAAUAUCUCGGCUUCCAUGACAGAUAGAGACUUCAUCCUUUCGUCAAAAGAAA